CACACUGAUUGCUACUGUCAGUGGACCGUAGCAUUGCUGCUUGCCUGACCUGUGAGGCAGGAAACAAUAAAUCAUUAGAGCAGCCAAGACUCCCUGUUCUCUUUGGCAGUCGUGGUGAUUGGGAAGACUGGUCUGUUAGUAAAUGUGACCCUCUCUCAUCUCUGUUUUUGUCAGUCUUGAGACCCCUGUGUCCUUGAAGAGUGAUGUCUCUAUCGAUUUAGUCAAGGGCUCAGUUCAUCUCUAGUACAGGCAUUGAUUUGGUGUCAGUUAGGGGGCGUCAGUCUUCAAAAAUAAUGUGUUGGUACAGUUCCUGGUUCGUCCUGUCUCUUGCACCUGCCCAGACAAGCCGAGUCUGGGAGUCAGGUGGUCUUUGUGUUUUCAGUGGUCUGUGUGGUCUGUCCUUUGGACACGCUACACAGGGCAGCGCACUAAUAUUAGGACCUCCAGCUGUGUGAGCAGAGCAGCUCACGAGGUAGCAGCGUGUGUCGCCCGAAAAGAAUGAAACAAACACAAACAUAUUUCAGAACCUGGCUUUGUCUAAAGGUGCCAGGAAUGUGAUCCCGCGUUGGGAUUACGUGACGCACUAGCGCAUUAUGUUGCCAGGUGUUCAUCGCCAGGAUCAAGGUGUUUACGGCGUCAAAUUAUUGGUAUUCAGAGGAGGAGCUCCGUCAGUCUUCUGUAGAGGGCACAGGUGGCCCAGACUGUCAGACACAACCAGAGGGCAUGGGGUGCUGUUAGCGAGAUGGAAGUUGCCGGCAAUUAUUUAUAUUUGACCACUGUUGUGGUGGCAGUGCCGCAGAUGUAGCAUGUUUUGGUGCAUGUGAAUCUCUCUGUGUGUGAGCGCACGAUAUGAACGGUUGUAUUAAUCAGAGGAUAAAGAUUGCUUUGGCCUGUAGACCUUUGGGGAUCUUAGCCAUACUUGAAUAUGUAAGUUAAGUAGAGCAAAGUAUUCUCAGUGUUUUCUGACCACACAGAAGCAGCUGUCCAGAUGUCUGUCCACACGUUACGACCCCUGUUUCCACUUCCUCUCAGUCAUGGAGCCAACACCGUCUGAACCACCUCGCUCUUCCUCCCCUCACCUGUACGUUCUCUCGAAAGAAUCUCAGAACCAAGACCACACACCAGAGUUGUUCAGUUUUCAACAAGGUGCAUGCAGUGGUUGUGGUGUGAUGUUUUUAAGAUUGACGCUACUCUGAUGUUGACAGAAGACACUCAGAGGUAGAACGUGGGUGGUGAAGGUACAUUUUAUCACAGAUGAGUCAGCCGUGGGGUUUGUUAUUCCCUUUACAACUACUGAAGACUAAGCUAUGUGGUGUGGGGGUGGUGACUAAAGAAGUCCCACAUUGUAUUUUAACGUUGACAUUGCUGUAACAGUCGACUGAGCAACUUAUAGCCAUAGUUCUGGAUAGCACCUUGUUAUGAUACAGAGAGACGAAAAGAAGACGUUUUCCAGGACGAUGAUAGUCAUAUUGUUUACGAAAUGUUUUAUGUGCACUUAGAUGUUUACUGUAGGUGAACAGGGGGUCUGAAGACCACCUGGUGAGGAAGACAAAAGUUGGCUCCUUCUGGAAGAGUCCACAGGUCCAUGGACCAGCGCCUCUUGUUUAGGACUGAGAUGGAAAACUUACGUUGAGCCUUACAAAGAGCUGAAGAAUAGCUCUCUGAGUAUUUGGAUGGACAUGAUUACAAUGUCCGUCUGUUAGAGCCUGAUGAAAAAGUCCCUGGUUUUUGUGAACAGAUGAGGAAUAUUUCAAACCGGUAACAUAAAAUUCCACUUUAAACAUUUAUACUAGAGUGUUCUUUGCUCAGACGCACAGCACCUGGCAUAGGAGUCACCCCUAAAAUGAUGUCACUUUUACUCACACCUUUCUCCCCAUUAGGCUGUUUGUGUGCAUUUUGGACUGUUUGCUUGUUCUUAUUCUUUGACUGUUCUCAUUUUUUACGAGGUGCAAGGUCAUGCUUGUUUGGUCAAAACAGGACUGCUAUUAAUUCUGUCUCACAGGUUCAGUGUUCCACUUGCUUUUUGUAACAGUUUUCUCAUAAAACUGUCUCUCUCUCUCUACAAAAACAUCCUCGUCCAUCUAUGCUUCACGCUGCAACCGUCAACUUGUCAACUCUCUAUAUUUUUGGAGCAUCGCGCGUUGGUCUACAUGAGCGUGUGUGUUUUGCAAAAGAUAAGUGAGUGCGAAGGACUGUGCACACGUGUGUGUGCGCACGUGUGUGUGUUGCGUUUGUAUUUGUGUGUGUGAGAUCACCCAUCCCUUCUCCCGCUUUCUGUAAACAGUACAGUAAGUACGGAAGACGCCAGGCAGGCAUUGGGAGAGUGUUUGCUCUGGGCAACAUCCUCAGCUUCGCUCCCUUGGGCAGGAAUUUAUUUCUCAACAUCCAGUCUCUCUCUGGCCUCGGCCUUCUCAUAGUUCACCCUGGUCUUCUACGUCUGUCUGUCUCCAAACCAGCCAUACAUUUUACUGUGGUGACUGUAAUUCGCCUUGUGCGCUGAGGUAAUGUGACCAUGUGACCUACACAAGCAUUGGGUGGGGUUUAGAAGAGGGGUUCAGGGAGGUUGUUAGGAGGCAAAAGGGAAUUCUGGGAAAUGGGAUUUGAUCUAUCAGGAUGAAAAGUGGGGGCAGAGGAGUUUGGAUGGGCAACCAACAAGUUUAACCCUGUAUACCCUCUCAAAAGGUAGUUUAUGGAAUGAGGAUAAUUUUCAAGAGGUUGAAAAUUCAUGAUUGACUUAAUGUAAAUGCCAACAAAGGAAAUAAUUGUAUUGCAAUGUAUCACUUUGAUACAUUGUAUGAUAACGUAUCACUAUGACAACUACGACGAGAAUAUAUUUUGGCAACGCACCUCAAAUGCCUAUAAACCUUUCCCAUCUAGGCAAUGUUAACCGCUGUCUAUAGUUACAAUGGCUCUCUGUUUCUUUGCCCAUACCUUGCCAUGAUGUCAUCCAUGUGUUCUUGCAUCAAAGAGAUGGUUCAAGUCAUGUCCUCAACACACAUUUAUAACAGAUCAGUGUAAAUAGACAUCUUCUUCCUUCUUCUUGAUCAGCCGCUUGUGUGUGUGUGUGUGUGUGUGUGUGUGCGUGUGUGCGUGUGUGUGCGUGUGUGUGUGCGUGUGUAAGAGAGAGAAAGAGAGAGAGAGGUAAAAAAGUUGAGUCUGACUGUCUGCAGAUGUGGAGGUUGCCUUGAUUCAGUGAUGCCCAAUUGCAUGGUGGAGGGCAGAUCAGGGGGAGGGAAUCAGCGAGAGAAGCAUAUAAAAGACCAGGACAAACACUGGGGCUGUCUAGUUGUGCUGUAUCCCUAUCCAGCACGCCAGUCUUCCCCUUCCUGUCUCUUUCUGUCUCUUUUCUUGUCUGUUUGUCUGUCUGUCUGUUCAUCUUUCUGUCUUUCCUCGGACCAGGUCUUCCCAUCAUGCUGGUACGAGCCUUCCUUCAGACUUCGCUGGUCCUUUGGCUGGCACAGAACACUCUGCAAGGAGGAGUGAAACCUGGUGCAGGCAUGGGAAGAAUGAUGCCAGGAAGGGGUGCCAGUCUAGGCCCAGGGGCAGGGAUGGGAGGGGGCAGAGCUGGAGGGACGGGCUCUCUGGGGAUGCAAGGAGGGCGAGGUUACGGUGCCAAACCUGGGAAAACUGGUGGAGGUCGUUAUCCAGGAGCUCAGCUUGGUGGAGCGGGCUACAGAGGCCCAGUGGGAAGAGGAGGAGUGAAGCCAGGAUAUGGGCCCCAGGGAGGUGCAGGUGGUGGUGCCAGUCUUGGAGCCGGGAUGGGAGCAAGCUUGGGGAUGGGAGCGGGGAUGGGGAACGGACUGGGAAUGGGCCUGGGUACUCAGGGAGGGAAACGUGGAGGGUAUGGAGGCUAUGGAACACAGCCAGGAUACGGGGCUGGAGUGGGACCAGGAGCGGGUGCCAGACCUGGUGCUGGAGGUGGGUACUCCGCUGGGCAGGGGGCAAAGGCACCUAAACCGGGCAAUGGUGCAGGAGCUGGUGGAACCAAUGGACAGGGUGCUAGAUCCAACGGCUAUGGUGGAGCUGCUGGUGGGCCUACUGGACAGGGCGUUAAACCACCCAAAUCUGGUGUGUCUGCGGCAGAUUUAGGAGUUCCUGGGAAAGGCAAUGAGGGCAGACGUGUUCAGACACAGGAUUUAAAAGGAGCGAAAACCCAAGGAGCUCUCAAAGAAGGUUCCAGCAGCUUUGGACCUGCAGUGCCAGACACCAACGGGGCCAAAGGGGGCCUUGGAUCACCUGUUGCUUUUUCACCACAGACUGGACAGGGUCUGGGACCGGCAGCCCCACUCGGAAAGGAGUCCAAAAGUGUCAGUCCCGGAGUUCAGCAGUCAUCCCAAAAGGUCAUGGGUUUUAGUACUUCGGUUGUAGUCGAGAUGGGAGUCAGGAGCCUGGGCCCCCAGGGCUCAGCUGAGAAAGGGGGGGUUCGUCUCAGUCCGUUGGCUCAACCAGCACAAAGAGCCCAAAACAGUGAACCCCAAACCCCAGAUGGUCAGGGAAGCAAAGGUCUAGGUUCUGUCGCUCAUGAUGGGCGGGGCUCUAAAGAUGAUGUCACUGUUGGACAAGGCGCAAAAACUCUUACCCCUGUGGAGCAAGAUCUCACAGGAUUUAGAGUGAGCGAGUCCACAUUGCUUGCUGGGAAGAGCAUCCAGUCGAAUAAUAAGGGAUACGGUCCAGGAGCUGGGGUAUCCACUGGAGCUGGUGUUAAGAAUGGAUAUGGACCAGCAGCUGGGGGCUCCAAUGAUCAGGGAGCUAGAGGAGCUGGUCAGACAAAUGGAGGUGGUGCAACAACUGGGUACGGUCCAGGCGCUGGUUUGGGAUCUCCUAAUGGUCAGGGGGCCAAAAGCAAUGGCUAUGGACCAGGAAAUGGAGGUCCCUCAGGUGCUAAAAGCAAUGGAAAUGGUGCUGGAGCAGGAGGUCCCAAUGGUCAGGGUGUUAAAGGCAAUGGGUACGGUCCAGGCGCUGUUUUGGGAUCUCCUAAUGGUCAGGGGGCCAAAAGCAAUGGAUUCGCCAGCCCAGGCGCUCAGAACGGUGCAGGAGCUGGAGGUCCCAGUGAUAAGGGAGUCAAAAGCAACGGCUACGGUGGCGGGGCUGGGAACUAUCCAGGCAACGCUGGCCUUGCUAAUGGAUACGGAGCAGGUCUUGGACAAGGUGGCUACCCACAGGGUGGAGCAGGGGGAUAUCCACAGGGUGGAGCAGGGGGAUAUCCACAGGGUGGAGCAGGGGGAUAUCCACAGGGUGGAGCAGGGGGAUAUCCACAGGGUGCCUACCCACAGGGUGGAGCAGGAAAAUCUACUGGUGCCAGUCUGGGACAGGGUGGCUACCCACAGGGGGGUUAUCCACAGGGUGGCUAUCCCCAGGGGGGUUAUCCACAGGGUGGAGCAGGAAAAUCUACUGGUGCCAGUCUGGGACAAGGGGGCUACCCACAGGGUGCAUACCCACAAGCAGGAUACCCACAGGGUGCAUACCCACAAGCAGGAUACCCACAGGGUGGAGCAGGAAAACCUACAGGCGAGGGCAAAGCGGGCGGGGCCAAAGCAGUGCCUGCAGGCUAUGGCAACGGCAACGGCUACGGCGCUGGCGGCGCUGGUUACGGUGCGGGAAAUGCUUACCCAGUGUUGGCUGAUGGUGCUGGGCUUGGAGGCAAAGCAGGGAAGGGUGGAGGCCUUGGAGGCGGAGCCUAUAACGGACAGGGCCAGGGGCUGUCUGGGAAAUACGGGGGCGCUGGUCCAGCUGGUGCUCUGCCCUAUGGAGGACAGCCUGUGGUGCCCGCUGGCCUGGGGGCUGAUGGGAAAUCUGGAGGAUACGGCGGAGGGCCCUAUGGAGGAGUUCAACCCCUGGGUCUGGGCCCCGACACUGGCUUAGGGGCGCUGGGUGGAAGAAUGGAACCUGCAGGUGGCAAAUAUGGUGGAGGAGUAGGUCAGCUUCCGUACAAUGGUUCUCCAGUCAUUCCUGCUGGACUGGAUGGUGAUGGCGGCUACCCUUACGGGGCACAGCCUCUUAGCACGGGAGGUGACGGCAAAUCUGCCAGCAAAUAUGGGGACGGUGGGGUGGCACUGGGUUCAUAUGGACUGGAGACAGGUGGUGGUGGUGGGAAACCCAAAUGCAAAAAUGGAAAUGGCGGGGGCUAUGGCGGAGUGCAACCAGCAGGUUAUGGUGGACAGCUUGGUCAAGGUCAGGGUGCAUAUGGAGGGCAGGGCGGCAAAUAUGGAGGCGGACUAAAUGGAUUCUUUGGAAAUGGAUUGAAAGGUUAAUCUAGUCAUCCAGAGCAACUUUGAGUGAAUAUUUUUCCUGACCAUAAUGUAUUCAUUGUGAUGUUAUUUGUUUUGCUGUGUUGUAUUUUUGUCAUUCCAUGUUCAUUCUGUUUUUCCAUUGUUGUUUGGCUGUUUACAUGUUUGUGAUCUUUGUCUUUUCUAUUGUUGUUGCUGUUGAUGUUUGUUAUUUCUCUUGCAAAUACCCCCCUUCCUUCUUAUUUCUACAGAUUGUGUCACCCCUGUAUAUUUGUGUCUGUAUCAACACUAAAAGUCAACAGCUCCCAUAA